ACAGAUUGCAAUUUCCUCCUUAGGUGGCGAAACUCCACAUUAAGCAAAUUGUCUUCUCUUUUUUUGUUCUUUCACAUCUUGCAAGGAAUUUGCAAUGAACAGUUGGCUUUUUCCAUCUCUGUUUACAAAAGAUACAAAGUGCUCCACAAAAGCAUGGAUCUGAAAAUUCUCUUUCUUCUGCUAACUGGCUCUUUGGUGGCUUCCAGCCUUCCUCCUGCUCCACUUAUUUUUCUGGAUGUGCUUUCCGACACACUCAACGAAGGAGACUCCAUUAAGAUUGCUUGUUUGGCACCCAGGCAGUACAAGGAUGCCUUGUUUUAUUUGUUCAAGGUGAGCCAUGGGGAGCCGCUGCAGGUUGUGCAUGCCGCAGAAGCACAGCACCAAGUUACUUUCCUUCUGGAGAACAUCACUCGCAGUGAUGGAGGGCGGUACAAGUGCCAGUUUGGCGUCUACAAUGGAAGUGCCUUGAAACCGUCUGAGUUUAGCAACCUCCUUGAGAUUACAGUGGAAGCAUCCAGCUUGACCACUUUCCCUCCAACAGCUCAGCCGAGAUCCGAUUCAAAAGGUCCAUUCUGGGUUCUCCCCGUUGUCCUGAGUGUGGUUGGAAUACUGCUUCUGGCUGUGAUCCUGCUGGUGGCCGCGGUUGCAUUGAGACGCUUUAAAGAGAGAAGAAAGAAGCAAAGGGUACUGGACUCCUGCUGGACAGAAACAAGCUACCCCACUACAGAAAACGGACCAGGAAGCUAUAGAGAACCACGGUGCUUCGUCAGCCACAAGUACAAGACUUUCAUGCCGCUGCUCUGUGGAAAAGCCAGAAUUUUGUACUUUUAGAGGUUCAGAGUGACCUUUCGCUUGAUCACACGACCCAGGGUCUCUCUGAUAAUCUUCCUCCCUUACAUCAACACCCUGCAAGUUGUUGCUCUCAGAUCAUCAACAGAAACAGAGUUCAUCGAGGGUUUUUGGUCAGAGUCUCCUCGUCCCUGCCAUCACCAAGUUCCAUCUUCAGCUUUCUAAGUACUCUUCCACCGCCAAUCAAACAUUCGGAACUUGGUUCAUGUGGAGGCGGGGAAGAUGUUGCUGAUUUCAUCCAUUUCUA